GGGGCGGCCCGGGCGCAGCGGCCAUGCCAUGCCCGCGCUGAAGCGAUGCCUGCCCGGCGCUGCCUCCGGCCGCCGAGAGCGGAGGGCCGCCGGCGCCGCCACAGCGCUCGCGCCUCGCCCGCCGCCGCUUUUUCCUCGGCGGCCCCGGGCUGGCGGCGCUGGUGCCUGCUGUGCUGCCUGCUGGGCGGCGGGCUGGCCGGGGCGAGCGCCAACCCGCGCGGAUGCCAGCAGCCCUGCGGGCCCGAGUGCGCCUGCCGCGCCGUGGGCAGCGCCGCCUGCGCCGUGGACUGCGCCGCCCGCGGCUUGGAGCUGCCGCCGGCACCGGCCUGGCCCGCCGGCACCGUCGCGCUGAAUCUUUCCAAUAACAAGAUCAGCACCUUAAAUGCUGAAGCGUUCCUGCACUUGACUUCUCUGGCAAAACUAGAUUUAAGCAACAACAAGAUUUCUUCGAUAGAAGAUGGAGUAUUUGAUAAUUUAUUUAAUUUAACUGAAAUAGACUUAAGUGGGAAUCCGUUUUUUUGUGAUUGCAACCUGGCCUGGCUCCCCCGUUGGGUUGAAGAGAGAAAUGUGAAGGUGUCCCGUCCGUCUGAGACUCGGUGCAUUCAGCCGCUGGAAUUGGCUGACCUUCUGCUUUUCAACGUCUCCUUCAGUGACGCUACUUGCGGAGCCGAUUACGUUGCCUGCCUGCCGGACAACAGCACAGGUGGAGGGGAGUCUGUCAUCCGAUUCACUUCCCAUUUGCCACCGAACCUGACGGAGGAAGUGUGCAGUGCACUUUGCUAUGCCGACGGGCAAGACUACGGGGGCUUCAGUGAGGAAACCGAUUGCUUUUGCGGCUUUGCUCUGGAGCCCAACGUUUCCUCUGGCUGUUUGCCCUUCUGUGCCAGGCCCCUGGCUGGACCCCUCUGUGGGGGCCCAACGCUGCUUUCCAGGGUCUUUCCGGCUGUGCUGCCGGUGUCCUUGGAGGCUCCGGGGACACUGUGGGGUGUUUACCAAGAGGUGGCUUUUGUUCUCCAUCUUCCGGUUGCGGUGGGCACCAUUCAAUGGGACUUUGGGGAUGAAACGGGGCUUUUCAAUACCACCAAGACCACCGUCCUUCAGGUCUACACAUUGCCAGGACUCUUCAACGUCACAGCCACGGUUUUUGUCGGCAACCGGUUUAUCUCCGCGCAGACCGAAAUCGAGGUGCUGGCCUCCCCAGAGGAAAUGGCUCUUCAGUGUCCCUCUUUGCUGAAGAUCAAUGAAAGUUUACAGUUACAGAUGAGGAAUCGUGGAGGAACUGGCCUCUCAGUGGCCUAUAACAUCACUGUGCAGGACCAGGAGCCUGGAAGAGUGGUCUUACCUGGUUGCCCCUCGGACAGCGUGAUCUUCCCUGGGAACAGGCACUGCUAUUGGCUCGGAGGAGAAAAAGCAGAAUGGCUGGAGGCCCAGAGGCUUUGCCAAGAGCACGGCAGUGGAAGUCUGGCCUUUGUCAGCAGCCCCGAAAUUCAGAAUUUCUUGGUGUCCAGUGUCACCCGGAGCCUGGAUGUCUGGAUUGGGUUUAACGACGUGGCAAGCCCCAGCCCGUUGCCACAAGGCGAGGAAGGCUUCGAUGUGCAGAGCUGCCAGAACUGGCUCCCGGGUGAACCCCAUCCUUCCAAUGCCGACCACUGUGUCCGGAUGGGUCCUGCCGGGCAGUGCAACACCGAUCUCUGUAUGGCCAAACACAGCUACGUGUGCGAGCACAAGCCACAAGUCGAGAUUCUUCUAAAUGCUGACCGCUUUCAACUGGGAUCUCUUGCGUUCGACACCUAUGUGGCCACCAGGAGCCUGACCGAGAGAGAAGAGCCUUCUGCCCCAUUGGGGCCAGUAGAGACUCUGGUGUUUCCCAGCUUGGCAUUUCAACAGGAGGGCUUUUUAGUAGCCUUGGAGCUGGUGGCGCAGAAACUACAGCAGCCGGCCCAUAUCCGCUUUCAAGUACACCGUCCAGCCCACCCAAAAGGAUGCAACGAGAUCAGGAACGUGACUGACCUCUUCCUUGUUUCCCAAGAGAAUGAGACUUGGACACCAAUGGACUGUCUGGUUGGCUUCCAGUGGUGCCACUCAGCCAACUCAUGCCAACCUCUAGAAAGCUGCUGCCACCAAGAGCCAUGUGCCAACUCAACAACUCAGGCAGCUGCUGGUCUUCCUCACCCCUGCAAAAAUCAAACCUGGAGCGUGGUGCUUAAGACGUCACAUUUUAUGUUGCCCCUGGGCCCCUCCACGCGGUACCUUUUGCUCUUCAGAAGCAAGGAUACCUUUGUGAAACCCAACGAUACAGUAAGUGUCCAGCAUGAUGCUGGGCCUGGCGCUUUGCUCCUUUGCCAUGCCAGCCAAAAGCCACUCACGCAGAUGAGCUACUUCACCAUCAGCUCUUUGGAUUGGGACCCGGGCUGGCCUGUCCACCCCGCUCCCCAAGCCUGGCAGAACGAUUCCAGGUGCCCUAUCAGGAUCUUGGCGGCUGCUGAAGAGACCAUCCCGCUCCUGCCGAAAAACCACUCCAGCGUCCACCGCCCUGGCCUUUAUGCGGUGCAGGCCACAGUCCACAACGGCCUCUUCAGGAGGAACUUCUCCUGCGACUUCUGGGCUCUUUCCGCUAUCUUGGGCCUCCGUGUUAUCUACCCACCGGAAAAAUGUGGCAAAGUCUACAUGGAAAGCAACAGCACAUGGCUGGUGGUGAAAAUCCUUUCUGGGAUGAACGCAACCUCUGGCCGGCUGGGGGGCAACCAGAGCUUCCCUUUUGGACGGAGCUGCCCCCCAGCGGUCACUCCACUGGUGGCAGAAUGCACAAGAGACAGCAAUGACACCUGGUUCUCUGUAAUCCUGCUGGAGGGCAUUGGGCAUAACCUGAGCACUGUUGUGUUGUGGGCCAAGAAUGCCGUGAGUUCACAGAACAUCACCGUCAGGGUGAAAGCGGAGGAUGCCAUCCGAGGAUUGCGUGUGACCCCUGACCCAGAGACCAGGGUCCUUCAGAACAAGCGUGUGAGUUACAUCCCUGUGAUGGAUGCUGGGUCGGAUGUCACCUUCAUGUGGAGACUGGAUGACAAGAGCUCCUUUACUUUCUACAAUGACGUCUUCCACGUCCUUUACCAGUCCCCGGCUGUGUACAAGCUAUCGCUUACAGCCUCAAAUAACGUCAGCAACAUCACGGUGUGCUAUAACAUCACUGUGGAGGAGAUGAACAGGAUGAAGGACUUGAAGGUCUCGGAGAUCUUGACCCACGUCCCACAGAACAGCAGUGUGGAACUGUCAGCAAUUGUGACUGUGGAUUCGGCUGUCGAUGCCAGAUUCCUGUGGGACUUUGGUGAUGGUGACCAAGCCAUUUUGGAGUUUCAUCCUCCCUAUAAUGAGUCCUUCCUGAAGCCAGAUCCCAAGAUCCACCAGGUGCAAAUCAGGCAUAAUCUGUCCCAUAUCUACCAAGACCCAGGUAAAUACAGCCUGACUGUUGUAGUCUCCAAUGAAUUUGAGAACCUGACCUGUUCAAUCCCUGUCCACAUCUAUGCUCACCUAACAGAAGUGACCAUGCAAGUAGCCUCAGAUGUUUUGGUGGUGGGCCAUCCUGUCACCUUUGAAGCUCAAAUGAUGCCCUCCAGCUUCGGAGUCUCUUAUACCUGGAAUUUUGGGGACGGGUCAGAAGCAUUUGUGGGAAGCCAGGCCGCCGUAGUCCACACCUACAGUUCCAGAGGGAUGUACAAGGUCAGGGUGCAAGCAAACAACACCAUCAGCACUGUUGAGACAUGGCAGCAUUACCAGGUCUUUGAAGAGAUCAGUGGGUUGUGGGUGUCCUUGAAUGAAACCAUAGAGCUUCGCACCCCGAUUGAGAUCAGCGCUUCUGUGGAAACAGGAGAUAAUAUCACCUGGAUAUUUGACAUGGGCGAUGGGACCAUCCUGGAGACUCCUGUGGCAUCCGUAAAGCAUACUUAUUUAAAGGAGAUGAACUGCACCGUAAAUGUAACUGCGAUGAAUCCAGUCAAUUCUCUGUCCCGAGCUGUGCCCGUCCAGAUAUUUGUGCUGAUGGUGCUCAAGAUUGAGCCUUCCUCUUGUAUCCGAGAAGACCCCAAAGUACAGCUCACAGCUCACGUUUCAGGUAAUCCCCAGAACUACUUUUUUGACUGGACAUUUGGCGAUGGCUCAUCCAACAUCACCGUGUAUGGUGAUCCAACAGUGAUCCACAACUUCACCCUCAGUGGAAUCUUCUCCUUGUCUUUGGUCCUUUCCAGCAAGGUCAACAAAGCGCAGUACUAUACGGAGAUUUGUGUGGAGCCAGAGAUCACCAAUGUGACGCUUUUGGUAAGGCCAGAACUGCUGUGGCUCGGCAACGAGACCAAAUUUCAAGUCACAGCCUUGCCGCCUUACCGCUACCGAUAUCUUUGGGACUUUGGGACGAACGACUCCGCCAGGUUUGGUGGGACCGAAGUGAGCUAUACCUACAGAAGUCCAGGGGACUAUAUGGUCAUGGUGACCGUCUGUAACAACGUCUCUUUCAACAAUGUCUCGGCAUCAGUGAAAGUCCAGGAGCCGGUUGGGGUGGCCAAGAUUGAGUCAAACGGCUCAAAGGUUUUGGAGCUGAACCAAGUUUAUCUCUUCUGGACCAAUGUCACUGGGACCAAUGUUAGUUAUUUGUGGUACUUUGGGGAUGGGACUUCCCAGUUGGCAAAAUCCAUCACCCAUUCUUACAACAAGAGUGGUACCCACACCAUCAGUUUGACGUGCUGGAACGAUGUCAGCUUCCAUGAGGCCAAGAUGAACGUAACCGUGAAGAGGCGCCUGCAGGGCCUGAGCAUCAACGCCAGCAGGACGGUGGUGCCUCUGAACGGUUCUGUAAGUUUCACGGCCACCCUCCUGGUGGGCACUGCCAUCCGGUACUCUUGGAUCUUGUGCGACAGGUGCACUCCCAUCCCGGGUCUUUCCACCAUUUCCUACACUUUUCGCUCUGUUGGGACGUUCAACGUGAUUGUGACGGCCGAGAAUGAGAUCGGGGGCCUGCAGAGCAGCAUCUUCAUCUAUGUCCUGCAGCAAAUAGAAGGGCUGCAGAUCACCGGAGGAGACUUCCUGGACAACAUUUACUUCCCCACCAAUAAGACGCUGCAGCUCCAAGCGGCCGUGAAAGACGGAACAAACAUCUCUUACAGCUGGACUGUCCUGAAGGAAAGUCACACCGUGCAGACGUUUACCGGGAAGGCUGUCUCCUUUGUCAUUCUGAAAGCAGGCGUCUCUGCUGUCCAUCUGAAAGCCACCAACAUGCUGGGAAGCUCAGCUGUCAACAAGACGGUGGAGUUCAUUGAGGAGGUGGGCGCCUUAAAGCCAACCGCCACCCCUAAUCCUGCUGCAGUCAACGCAUCUGUUAACAUCAGCGCCAGUGCAACUGCUGGAAGUGGGCUGCUGUACACUUGGAACUUUGAAGAUGGCCUUUCUCUCUGCACAGACUCCAGUACAAUCGCACACUCUUUCCCGAGUCCAGGCACCCAAACCAUUGCUGUGGUGGCAGGAAACAAGUUUGGUUCUGCCAAUGCAUCCCUUGUGGUAUGCAUACAGGAACCCGUAGUGGGCCCAGAGAUUAGGAUCAUAAGGCCAAACAGCAGUUCUGUAGAAUCUGGCACCGUGGUAAACUUUGCUGGGGAGCUGGAAAGGGGAUCGGAUGUACUCUGGAUGUGGAAGAUGCAGGACAAAACCAUCUCGGGCCAAAGGGUGGCUCUCAAUUUUCCCAUGGCCGGAAUUUUUCCUGUCUGCUUGAACGCUUCUAACGAUGUCAGCUGGGACAUAGCUUGCCUCAAUUUGACAGUCCAAGAUGCAAUCCAGGGUCUGAAGCUCAGCGUAAGCAAAGACGUGCUGCAGCCAGGGGAACUGGUCUCUUUUGAGGUUGAAAUAACCUCUGGUUCCUCGGUGAGCUACAGGGUCACCAUCGGCCGUAACCACUCUGAGAUCCUCAGUGCUUCCAGCUUCACCUACAAGUUCAGCCAGGUUGGAGAAUACUUAGUGAGAGUAACUGCAGAGAAUCAAGUAAGUGUGGCUUACGCAGAGGAUCUUAUCGUGGUGCUGGAGCCCGUGUGUGGCCUCCAGAUCACCGGUUGCUGCGAACAAGGAAUGCCCGCUGCGGUGGAGAAGCAGUUCACGGCUCGGAUUGAGAGCGGCUCAUGGGUGUCUUACGUCUGGCAGUUCACCUUAGUAAAAGAGCAGCAACGUUCCCAGGUUCACUUAGAGGGCCAAAGUGUCUCUUACACCCCAGAAGGAGCGGGGCAGCUGGACAUCCACCUGUGUGCUUUCAACCGUCUGAGCAGCCUGAACGUAACUGUGGUGAUCCAAGUCCAAGAUUUCAUCCUCCAGCUGUCCAUCCAGCCUGUUGAUUCUUUCGUCAACCGCACAACUUUCUUCGAAGCAUCUGUGCUGCCCAGUGCCAGAGAAGUCCUCUUCUGGUGGCAUUUUGGAGAUGGCUCUCCAGCAGUGCAAACGAGUGUGCCGUCUGCCAACCAUGUUUAUCUGAGGCCCGGUGAUUAUGCGGUGGGUGUGAAUGCCACCAACCUCAUCAGCUUCUCCAUUGCCCACCGCACGGUCACGGUCCGUAUUCUGGAGUGCGAGGAACCAGAAGCUGAGCUUGCUUUACCUGCUCAGGUGUUUAUGAAACGAUCCCAGAAGAAUUAUCUGGAGGCCCAGAUUGACUUGCGAGGAUGCACCAGGUACCAGACUGCCUACCUCUGGGAGAUCUACAAAACCCCGAGCUGCCUACACCUGGAGGCUUUUGCCAAAGUCCAGUUGGUCAGCGUGGACGUGAGCCGACCACAGUUGGUCAUCCCAAAGCUUACUCUGGAUCUCGGCAACUACUGCUUCAAAUUCUUGGUCUCUUUUGGUGAUACUCCUCUGUCCAAAAGCAUUUUUGCCAAUGUGACAGUUUUGCCCAAUAAACUGGUACCCAUCAUUGAUGGAGGAUCGUAUCGUGUCUGGUCCAGCACCCGGGACUUGAUCUUGGAUGGCGAGAAAUCCUACGACCCUAACUGGGAAGAUUGGGAACAGACACCGUUGUAUUAUGAUUGGACUUGCGUAUCAUCUUCCAAAAAUUCACCUGGUGCACAUGGCCUCAACUUCAGUGCCACAGGAGGACUGGUCACCAUCCCUCGGGCCAUGCUGGAAGCAGAUGUGGAAUACACGUUUGACCUCACCAUCUCGAAACCAGGCAUGGAUUCAGAAGCCACAAAUCAAACCGUCUUGCUAAAGAAAGGGACGGUCCCCAUCGUGUCCCUGGAGUGCGUCUCCUGCAAGGCGCAGUCUGUUUACGAAGUCAGCCGGAGCUCCUACGUGUAUUUGGAGGGGACCUGCUUGAACUGCCAGAACAAUUCCAACCAGGGGACUAAGCCGAGAUGGACAGCCCAGAGCUUCAAAAAUGAAUCUCUGCUUCUGAACAAGAGAUCGACCUCCACGGGGGAUGCCGAGAUGAGCCUCGUCUUGCGUCCGUGGGCUCUGAAGGAUGGGGAGGGGUACACCUUCACUCUCUACAUCACAGACCUGGCCACUGGGGAAGAAGGCUAUGCCUCCAUUGACCUGUUUCCCAACCAGCCUCCCUUCGGGGGAUCGUGCCAGCUUUCGCCUGCAAAUCCUGUCCAAGCAUUGGCUACCAAGAUACACUUUGAAUGUGCAGGCUGGAGAGAUUCAGUGGGAGAAGACCCCCCCUUGGUGUACAUCCUCAUGGCUACCCGUUGCCGCCCUGGCCACUGUGAUGAAUUCUUGGUGUACAAAGGAAGCCACCCUGCCCACGCGGCCUUCCUGCCCCCCGGAUUCCGAGCGCAUGGCUCCCGCCUGUCCGUCUCGGUGCUUGUACAGGAUCAGCUGGGAGCAACAGUGGUGGCCAUAAAAAGGCCUAUGGUCAUCACCUUGCCCAGGACGCCAGAGGGAUUCCACAGUCUUCCCCAGUGGCUUCACAACAAGACGGAGGUGAUACUGCAAGGCCUAGUCAAACAGAGUGACCCCCAACCUGUUAUUGAGUAUUCACUGGCUCUCAUCACCAUCUUAAAUGAGCAUGAAUCCUCCGGGCAUCCAAAGCUGGGAGCCGAGCCUGAUGCCCCGCUCCAGAUCUGGAUCCGAAAAAAUGUUACCGAAACCCUGACUUCCUUGAAUGUCAACACGGUGGAUGACAUCCGACAGAUUGUGGCUGCACUGGCCCAGUGUAUGGUGGCCAGAAAGGAGUUUGUCUGUCGAUCUUGCCUGACAAAGACUUUGAGGAAGCUGGAAACGAUGAUGACAAUUCUUCAAGGAGAGACCCUGCAAGGAACCAUGACCCCCAAAGCCAUUGCUGACAACAUCCUCGAUAUUAUGGGAGACUUGAUCCACCUCGUCAACGGCGUAUCCCAGGAGUCCGAGCGGCUGGAGCUGUCUAGCACUCCGAAUCGGGAGCAGGUGGCUUCCAAAGCCUACGCCUUGUCCACUGACUUGAUGCGCAUCCUAAUGAAGUCCCGAGUGCUCAACGAGGAGCCCCUGGAGCUGUCCGGGAGCAACAUCACGGCCAGAGGGAAACGAGCCGACCCCCAUGCCCUGCUCUGCUACGGGGACACCCCCAGCUGCCAGUUCUCUAUCCCCCAGGCCUUCCGAGCCACCUUCUCCGACCUGACGGACGUCGUCCAGGUCAUCUUCCAUGUCGACUACAACCCUUUCCCCUUUGGCUACAUCACCAACCACAGCGUCUCCUCCGAUGUGGCCUCCAUGGAGUUUCAGAGCAGCAACGGCACAGAAAUAGCAGUCAAUAGCCUGGAUGUGGACAAAGCCAUCACUGUGGCGGUUGUGGACUCUGGGCCGAAGAACAUCACCGUGGGCACAGUGGUGGUGGAAGAAAAGAAUUCAGUGCACGUGGUGGUCUCGAUGGAGAACAGCAACACGGAAGCCGGGCUGUAUUUCCAGAUCACCUUCAGCCUUGUCACAGAUCGUUACGUCUCCCGGGAAAAGGAACCCUUUCUUGCCGUCUGUCUCUUCCACUCCCCUGAAUCCGGAGAGCGCAACUGCACAGCCUCCAAGGAGAUCUCUCUAGAGGAUAUGAAAGAGGGGCCACAGGGCGACCCACGGCGCUACACCAUCUUUGUUCCCCCAGGGAUUGCAGACACAGCGAGAGACCAUCACUUGAACAUUACUAACCAUUUCGUGUGGUCCCCCGUGGAGGUGACUCUGGGCCUGUACAGCUCCCUGUGCCAGUAUUUCAACGCGGAAGAGGCCCGCUGGAAGACAGAGGGCAUGGCUCCCUUGGAGGGGGCCACUCCGGAGAAGGCUGUGUGCUUAACCCAGCACCUGACUGCUUUCGGGGCGAGCCUCUUCGUCCCCUCACACUCUGUGCAGUUCAUAAAGCCACCUCCCGGCCCUGGGCUCAACUACAUCGUUCUGCUGACUUGCGCUGUCUGUCUGGUGACCUACUCCAUGGCAGCUGUGAUUGUCCACAAAUUGGAUCUGAUAGACAUCAGUCGUGUGGGGUCGAUCCCUUUCUGUGGGAAGAACGGGCUAUACAGAUACGAAAUCUUGGUGAAGACUGGCUGGGGAAAAGGGUCAGGGACGACAGCCCAUGUGGGGAUCACUUUGUAUGGGAUGGAUAGCAAAUCUGGGCACAGACACCUGGAUGAUGAGAAUGCCUUUCGCCGCAACAGUCUUGACAUCUUCCAGGUGGCCACAGAGCGCAACCUGGGCAGCGUGUGGAAGAUCCGGAUCUGGCAUGACAAUAAAGGGCUCAGCCCAGCUUGGUUCCUGCACCAUGUCAUUGUCAGGGACUUGCAGACCUACAAGAGCUACCACUUCUUGGUGAACGACUGGCUGUCUGUGGACAGCCUGGAGAACAACGGCCUGGUGGAGAAGGAGGUGUUCGCUGCCAGUGAGGCCGACCUGAGGAGCUUCUUCCGCAUCUUCGUGGGCGAGCUGCAGCGGGGUUUCUUCGAGAGGCACGUCUGGCUCUCGCUGUGGGACCGGCCCCCUCGCAGCCGCUUCACACGGGUCCAGAGAGCAUCGUGCUGCUGCGUCCUCAUCUUCCUCUUCCUCUGUGCCAAUGCCGUGUGGUACGGGGUUGUGGCAGAUGCCAACUUCAGUCCGGAGCCCAUCUCCACCCUGAUCCCGGUUAAUGGCGAAACAGUCUUGGUUGGCUUGGUCUCCAGUUUGGUGGUUUAUCCUGUGUACCUGGUUCUCCUGUUCCUCUUCCGGAUGGCACGGAGCAAGGUGACCAUCAGCCAGUCUCUGGCCCAUUCAGACCAGCAGUCUUUGGAGAUUGACAACUACCUGGACUCAUCGCUUCUGGAGAGCUCCUUCAUCACUUUCCCUGGACUUCGGACAGAGGCUUUUUCAGAGGAGACCAAAACCGAUUUGAUCCUGGACGAUUCAAAAAGCCUGAUCCGGUGGCAGUCCAACGAAGCCCUGCUCAACUGGCCAGACCUGCUCAGCGACCCGUCCAUCAUGGGCAACACCAUCCAGAAGCUGAAGAGAGGGCGGACCAGUCGUCAUCUCCGCCUCGAGGCUCCUUUGGCCCCUGAGGGGGACGGCCAGACUCCGGUCUUUCCCCAGGCUCAAGCCAAAUACUUCUCCGCUUCCGAUGAAGAUCUGAUACGGCAGAUUCUUGCAGACGGAGCUGGUGGCAUCCCCCAUCUUCAGGAAGUGGGAAAUUGCCCCAAGGUGGAAAAAGACCUCCUCUCUGGGCUGUCAAACAUGCCGGGAGACAAGAUGGAAGCGAUCGUCUUGCAGAGGCUGAACGAGAAAGGCCAGAGCGUGGCAGCCCCUGGCCGGGAACUGAAUCAUUCCGCCAAAUCAACCCGAACAGUUGUGGACCACAAUCUCCAGAAGUGCCUGCUGCCCUCUUGGUGCUCCUACUUGGCACACGCCAUCAGCCUCCUCCUCCUCCUCGUCUGCUUUGGCAUCUCCGUGUGGAUCGGAGUGGGGUUCAGCUCCAGUGUGGCCCUCAUGUGGCUGAUCUCAGGGAUUUUUAGCUUCCUCUCCUCCUUUUUGCUCUGGGAACCCCUUAAGAUUCUUCUGGAAGCCCUUUACUUCUCUCUGGUGGCCAAGCGCCUGCACCCCGAGGAGGACGACACUUUGGUGGAACACCCCUUUGUAGAGCACGUCUCGGAGAAGAUCGGGAAGGUCCGGCCUCCUCAGGGCUUUGCUCUUUUCCAGGCCAAGGAGGAAGCCAGGAAGGUCAAGCUUCUGCACAGCCUGCUCAAGAACUGCUUCGUCUACAUGUUCUUCCUGCUGGUCAUCCUUCUCACCAACUACAGUGGGCCUUCACACAACAGCCAGGCGUUUCUUUUGCAAAAGUCCAUCAAGCAGCAACUUGGAACCAGGCAAUUCCUGGAUAUUAAGAGAUCCGAUGACUUCUGGCUUUGGGCCACGCAGGGACUGUUGCCCUUUCUGUAUCAGAAUCGCUCUGCCCAGGGAAGCUCAGGUAUCACUCUGGGGGUCCCAAGACUCCGGCAAAUCCGUGUGCAAGAAGGGUGCUUCAAUUCGCUGGAAGAGGUUCUCAGUGGGACAAAGAGAAGAUGCGCUUUCAGUCCCAACAGCUUUGACACCACCAGCUACGCGGCUGGCUGGAAGAGCCCCUCGGACACCCUGCGGCCGCUCUGGGCCUACUCUCCCCCUGACCUGGCUGGGGCCUGGUACUGGGGCUACCUUUCCAUCUAUGACAGCGGGGGUUACAUCCAGGAAUUGGGAACGACUCUCCAAGAAAGCAACGCUUGUCUGCAGGGCCUCCAGCAGAACAACUGGAUCAACAACAGGAGCCAGGCAGUCUUUCUGGAAAUGAGCCAGUACCACCCUGUACUGGACCUCCAUACUGCCAUCACGCUCCGGCUGGAGUUCCCGGUGACAAAACACUCUGUGCCAGCUGUGACCGUCACUCCCUUCCCGCUGCACCCCCUUGGCAGGAGGGUGACCCUGCAGCUGCUCAUGAUGGUCUUCCUUAUGAUCUUGGUGGUCUAUUUCGUGGUCUCCGAGUCUCUUGCCAUCAAGAAGGAAGGCAAGGCCUACUUUGCCCUCCUCAGCAGCUACGGCCAGUGGCUGCUCAUCCUGGCCACCACUUGCACGGUGGUCGUCCACCUCAGCCAGGCCGCUCUCGCUGAGCGGCAGUGGGCAAAGUAUCUGAAGAACAAGCGGGCCUUCACCAGCUUCUACCCGGUGGCAUCUCUCCACGUGGCCUUCAGUUGCCUGGCUGCUUCUCUGCUCUUCCUGCUGACAGUCAAGGCUUCCCAGCAGCUACGCUUCAUCCGACAGUGGUCCACCUUCGGCAAAGCUUUGCACAAAUCAGCCGGGGAGCUGCUGGGCACCGGUUUGGCCUUCGCGAUCCUGAUGUUGGCGUACACACACCUCGGAUACCUGCUCUUCUCGUCCACCUCCGAGGGCUUCUCCGGCUUCGGCCGAGGGAUCCAGCUGUUCCUCACCGGUCUGCAGAGUGGCAGGAGCAUCCCGGGACCUGCAGGGCUCCCCCACCUCCUCUGGGCCAGCUACAUGGUGCUGCAGCUGUGGUGCCUCUUGCGGCUCUUCCCCGCUGUGCUCAUCCGUCAUUACCGCGAGACCCGCUUUGAGAUGUACCGGCCAGCCUUCGAAUCCCAGGACUACGAGAUGGUGGAGCUUUUCCUUCGGAGGCUCAAGAUGUGGAUGGGAUUCAGCAAAGCCAAGGAGUUCCGCCACAAGGUCCGCUUCGAAGGAAUGGAGCCGCUGCCCUCCCGCUCCUCCAGCCAAGAUUCCCGGUCAUUGCAGGGAGCCACCCCUAGCGCUGCCUCCGAGAGCUCCCGGGCUUCCACUUCCUCCAGCCAGCUGGACGGACUCAGCCUCGCCACCAGCACCUGCGACAGCAUGGAGUUCGAUGUGGAGAUCCAGCAGCUCCUCUCCCUCCUGCAGACACUGCUCGCCCAGUUCGACCGGGUGAACGGAGCAGUCGAGGAGGUGUACAGCUUGGAGUGCCGGUUAGAGAGCAGCCGGAACAGGCAGGCCAGGCAGAGGGGCAGGCUGAGGGCCGAGCAGCCAGCCAGCCUUUCCCACCCCAUCCGCACCGCCCCCGCCUGCUUGUCUUCCGAGCCGGGCCCCAGCAGCCGGCGUGUCCUGCCCUCGCGACCCCUGAGCAGCCCUGCGGCCUUCCAGGUCAUCCACAGCGGCCCAGGCCCUCUGCUGAUGCCACAGAAGACGCUAGCAGCAGUAACCAAAAGGAAGCGGCCUCUGCGGGCCAACAACCGAGUCCACCCCACUGGCAAGUGAAGCAGACGGGAGAGGCUUCUAUUGCAGCCUCAGGCUCCGUCUCUCCAGUAGCUUCUGGUGGAGGCUGCAGAUUGGCUCUGGAAGCCGCCGGCACCAACCGGCACGACGGAGCCACAGCCUUCUGUGAUGCUGCCAGGUGGCACAGGGCCUUCCCCGAAUUUUGGCUUCUGCAGAGGCUGAACAGCUCUCUCCUGGUUCCCAAGCUGGGGGAGGAGGGGUAGGAUCCAGAAAAGGUAAAGUCAGGUGUUUGGUGAACACACCUCCAUGGAGAAGGACUCUUGGAGGGAGAGAACAGAAAAAAAGUGUUAUAUUUCACAGAAGCUUUAC